AUGUCAAAGGCAUAUCAGGAGAUGUGCAAGAGUGUCAUUCAGGAUUCAGAGGACGACUCUGUUGGCGAAGUCCCGACAUUGCCCCGCGUCAAUGAUAAGACACUAAAAGAGACCCAGGGAGAUUUUUUGCGUUUCACAGAGGCCGAGGAGGCUGACAAGUACAAAAAAGUGGUCACAAAAAAGAAUAAUUCCCAUAAGGAGAAACCAUUGGAAUGGAAGGAUUCUCAAUCAGGAGGAUCAAGGAGCAAACAGGACCGCUCCAAGUCAAAUUUCCUUGACGACGAGGAGAAUGACGAUAUUUUCCGCUCGGCGGAAAAUGAUUCAGGCCCUUUCAUCCUUCAAAUUGGUAGAGGGCAAAUGUUGCGCAUGGUCAUGGAUGAGCUGAAGCGAGAGAACAAGAGGCCAAAUUUGCCGCCACUAAAGGUGCCCAUGUUUAGUGGAAAAACCAGUGAGUGGCGCGGAUUUUUUGAAAUGUUUUCUCACGUUAUUCACAACGAUCCGAACCAUUGCGAUACGGACAAGAUGUCGUAUCUUCUGUCCUACCUGGAGGGGGACGCAAAGCGUUUAGUGAGUCACCUUUCGCCUACAGGUGAUCACUACAAAGCGGCGCUGGACUUGCUAAGAAACAGAUAUGAUCACAAAAGGAAGACGACCUUUGAUUAUGUGAAUCUGUUGCUCGACGUCAGGAGAGUCGAAUACCGCAGCGCCAAGGACAUCGUUGAUCUACACGACAGGCUCAACGAAGCACUCGCCGGGCUAGGAAGCCUAGGUUACCGCACGGAGCACUGGGAUCCCUUGAUAAUAGGGAUGUGCAUAAGGAAGCUGGAUGAUGAAUCGAUUCAGCUGUUCGAACAAUCAUUGGAUGAGCCAACCGAGGUGCCUACAGUAAAACAGUUUCUUAAAUUCCUGUUCAAGAGACAUCUCGUACUGUCUUCUAUCAGGAACUUCGCUGAGAAGAAGAAAGGAGGAAAGGAUAAGAUUGAUAGCAACAAAUCUUAUCACUCCACGUCGACCAAGCCAAAGAUGGCAUGUUUUCUGUGCAAAAAGGAGCACACAUUCGCCAGCUGUCCAAGAUAUCUGGAAUUGACAUCAGAUCAGAGGCUUCAGAUGGCGAUAAAGCUGGACUUGUGCCUAAAUUACCUCGGGCAUAAAAAGGACAGGGACAAAGAGUGCACAAAGGUUCAUAUGUGCAAGCAAUGUGACGAAGAACAUCAUGAGACGUUACAUUUCGAAGAAGAGGAAGCGGAGCCCACUGAUGCUCUAGUAAGCAUCAGGGAUAAUAAGGAUGAAUUUGAGGAACGACUGGCCUUGCACGCAGCUGCGGCAACACCACUGUUUCCCACAGCUCUCCUUAAAGUAAAACAGGCUGAUGGUUCAUGGACACUCCUACGAGCUUUGAUAGACACUGGAUCUGGAGAUUCGUUUAUAUCAGAAAGAGCAGCUCAGGACUUAGCUCUGCCUCGGGUGAAGAUCAACGCACCAAUCAGACGCAUAGCUGGAGCACCCGCUCCAACUUCACGACAUCAGAUAUGUCUUACCAUGGCCCCAAGAUUCCCCUCGACCUUUCAGCUGGAGCUGAACGCUCUGGUACUCUCGUCACUCACAGGAUUCUUGCCUCAAACAGAGAUCAGUUCUGCAUCAUACAAGAGUUUUAAUGUGGACAACAUUCUCAUAGCAGAUCCUUGCUUUAUGACACCAGGACCGAUCGAUCUAAUUCUGGGCUCACGGAUAUAUGCAGCGAUUCUCAAGGAGGGAAUCAAGAAAGCUGAAGACAUCAGCGCUCAGAACACUGAACUAGGCUGGAUGCUCAUGGGUGCGCAUAAGCCAAAAGAAAUUCACGUCAUCAGCAUGGUGGCUACAACGAUUUUCGACGGAGAAAUAAAUGACACAGGGGACUUAGAUCAGGAGAUUAAGCCCGUCAAGGAACAGCAUGGAUGCGAAAAGGAGUUCGUGACCGUCUUGAAAAGGAUCGAGGCGACGCUGAAUUCGAUGUCCCUCUCACCAGCGGUUGGUGAUUCAGCCGAUCUUGCGGCCCUGAUUAAAUUAGAAUUAAAUUAG